ACAGAACAAGAACGCAUACAGGCGUAUGUGAUUUAGCAGAGGUUCAGUCCUCUGUGAGCCGACUGCCAACAUGCAGUUCUGGGAUUUCCUGGGGUGCACCAAUGGAGAUAUUUCUAGGAUAUCAUACUAUACUGAAUAUGACAGCAAGUUAGCCCCAGCCGCAGCUUCCGAGUCAGGCAUGGCGUCGUCUUCCUACUUGGAGCCGAACCACAAUCACUCGGCAACGGGUGGUUGUGGGGUGAAAUCCCGGUCUGGGAUGCCUGGUGGUACUGGUGUUGGUACCAGCGGCUCUGCAGGAGGCCUCGAGCGGCCACCAGGCUCCAUGGACAGGGUCCUGAAGAUCUUCCAUUAUUUUGAGACAAACAGCGAACCAUGCACCUGGGCUAGUAAUAUCAGGCACGGAGAUGCUACAGAUGUCAGGGGUGUUAUCCAGAAGAUAGCAGAGAUCCACAAAUUGCGCUGUGUGUCCUCUUUGGGCCUCCGUCUGACCCACCUGCACUCUGAUGCACUUCAUUGGUUACACCCUGAUUUGGGCGUUUGUCACAUCAGGGAGAAAUAUGAGAAACAGCACCCCCAGGAGGAGUGGAGGUAUGAGUUGCGGAUGCGGUACCUUCCUAAAGGUUAUCUCAGCCAUUUCUCUGAAGACAAACCCUCUCUCAACUACCUCUAUCACCAGGUAAAAAGUGACUACAUGCACCAUAUAGCUGAUCAGGUGGAUCAAGAAGUCGCUUUGAAACUGGGCUGUUUGGAAAUCAGGAGGUUUUUCAGGGAGAUGCCAGGAAACGCUCUUGACAAGAAAUCUAAUUAUGAACUACUAGAGAAAGAUGUUGGUCUGAGGAGGUUCUUCCCUAAAAGCCUGCUGGACUCCCUGAAGGCGAAGACUCUCCGUAAGCAGAUCCAGCAGACCUUUAAGCCGUUCGCUAACCUCAACGAUGAGCAGAGCAUCCACAAGUUCUUUGAGAUACUCUCUCCCAUCUACCGCUUCGACAAAGAGUGCUUCAAAUGUGCUUUGGGGUGUAGUUGGGUAAUAUCAGUAGAGUUAGCUAUCGGACCAGAGGAAGGAAUCAGCUACCUCACAGAUAAGGGCUCAACGCCUACACACUUAGCUAACUUUAACCAGGUUCAGUCCAUUCAAUACUCUGCGCUGGAGGAGAAAGACAGGAAAGGCAUGCUGCAGCUCAACGUAGCAGGAGCUCCAGAGCCCCUCACAGUCACCACGGCAUUGCUGACAACUGCAGAAAACAUGGCUGACUUGAUUGACGGUUACUGUCGGCUCGUCUCCUCAGCUACUCACUCCUUCAUCGUCAGAGUCCACAAAGAGGGUGACAGAGCUCUGCCUUCCAUCCCCAAAGUUUCAAAUCAUGAGAGGCGGAUGGAAAAACGAAUGGAUGGAGUACGAACCAGAGCUGUCUGUGUCUCAGGUCACACUAGUGGCGAUGAAACGGACGACUACGCAGAGAUCAUAGAUGAGGAGGACACCUAUACCAUGCCUUCAAAAUACUAUGGACUAGAUCAAGCGCGGGACUAUGAGAUUCAGCGAGAUUGUAUUGAGUUGGGACGCUGCAUAGGCGAGGGUCAGUUUGGAGACGUCCAUCAAGGAGUCUACAUCAGUCCGGAGAACCCGGCACUGUCUGUGGCAGUGAAGACCUGUAAGAACUCCACAUCAGACAGCGUCAGGGAAAAGUUUCUCCAAGAAGCUUUAACCAUGCGCCAGUUUGACCACCCUCACAUUGUGAAGCUGAUGGGAGUCAUCACUGAGAACCCGGUCUGGAUCAUCAUGGAGCUCUGCACACUUGGAGAGUUACGGUCAUUUCUCCAGGUGAGGAAGUACAGUCUGGACUUGGCCUCUCUCAUCUUGUACUCAUAUCAGCUCAGCACAGCUCUUGCAUAUCUGGAGAGCAAGCGCUUUGUACACAGGGACAUCGCAGCGAGGAACGUGUUGGUGUCUACAGUGGACUGUGUGAAGCUCGGGGACUUUGGGUUGUCACGCUACAUGGAAGACAGUUCUUAUUACAAAGCAUCUAAGGGUAAACUUCCUAUUAAAUGGAUGGCUCCUGAGUCCAUAAACUUCAGGCGUUUCACCACAGCCAGUGACGUCUGGAUGUUUGGCGUCUGUAUGUGGGAGAUCUUAAUGUUUGGAGUCAAGCCUUUCCAGGGUGUGAAGAACAACGAUGUCAUCGGCAGGAUAGAAAACGGCGAGCGACUGGCCAUGCCCCCUCAGUGCCCUCCUACUCUCUACAGCUUGAUGACAAAGUGUUGGUCGUAUGACCCCAGCAAGAGGCCACGCUUCACCGAACUCAAAACACAGCUAAGCACUAUUUUAGAGGAGGAGAAACUCCAGCAGAAGGAGAGGAACAGGAUGGAGAUGAGGAGACAGGUCACUGUUUCCUGGGACUCUGGAGGUUCUGAGGAAGCACCGCCCAAACCCAGCAGACCAGGUUAUCCCAGUCCUCGCUCAAGUGAAGGUUUUUAUCCUGGUUCCCAACAUCCUGGACACUACCAGAUGGCAGGGUACCCCGGCCCUCACACCCUCCCCUCAGUGCCCAGUGCCCUGUACCCCCCACAGGCUACGAUGCUGGAAACACACCACGCACACACACACCCCCGCCACCAUGUCCACACACACUCACAUGCACAGCACCUACCCCAGCCACAUGGACACGACAUGGCACUGUGGGGCUCCGCCAUGGAGGACAGGGCAGUAGACAUGCAGCAGUGUGUAGGCCCGCAGUGCCUGUUAAUGGAGGAACAGCUGAUGAUACAACAACAGCAGAUGGAGGAGGACCAGAGGUGGCUGGAGCAGGAGGAAAGGCUGCUGAAACCAGACUCUAGAAGUUCUAGAGGCAGUCUGGACAGAGACGACGGUGGACUCCAACCACCAACAGGAAACCAGCACAUAUACCAACCCGUUGGCAAAGCAGAGCAUGCAGCUCCCCCAAAGAAACCCCCUCGACCAGGAGCUCAGAGCCAAGUGGGCAGCCUGGCCUGUUUGAAUACUGGAGACAGUUACAAUGAUGGAGUCAAGCUGCAGCCACAAGAGAUAAGCCCACCCCCCACGGCCAAUCUGGACCGCUCCAAUGACAAAGUGUACGAGAACGUGACGGGAUUGGUCAAGGCUGUGAUUGAGAUGUCGAGCAAGAUUCAGCCUGCUCCUCCAGAGGAAUAUGUUCCCAUGGUCAAGGAUGUCGGUCUUGCCUUGAGGACGUUAUUGGCCACAGUGGAUGAGACCUUACCACAACUUCCAGCCAGUACACACAGAGAGAUAGAGAUGGCGCAGAAACUCCUGAACUCUGACUUGGCAGAGCUAAUUGGGAAGAUGAAGUUAGCCCAGCAGUAUGUGAUGACCAGCCUCCAGCAGGACUAUAAAAAGCAGAUGUUGACAGCGGCUCACGCACUUGCAGUGGAUGCAAAGAACCUGCUGGAUGUCAUCGACCAAUCGCGACUAAAGAUGAUGGCUCAGUCCCGCCCACACUAGCCCCACGAGAGCUGGGCUGACCAACAGGAGGCGGUCUGCUCUGAAGCUUCGUUUGUGGUUCUUGUCAGCAGUGGAGGAAAAUGAAUAAAGACUCCUGGAUGAGUGACGCCAAUCAUGAUAUUUGAGACUUGUUGGAGCUGACUGAUUUAUAUCAAAGGAGGAAACAGUGGCUCUGGCAUUUUUACAGCAAUCCGUGACAAAUCCUUAGAUGUUGAAUCCUGUGUCAAACUCUCCACCACUGUGACUCGCUUAAUACAAGAACAGAGCAACAAAACUUCCUGAAUCAGGGACUUGGCAGCUUCACUCUUUUUGAACUGGAAUAUAAAGAUGGACCCAAGAUGAGCCUGAUUCCUGGGGUCCCAAGUUUAAAAGGUUUAAAAACCCUCUGACAGUAACCCUAUCAUUGGAGCGAGUGGAUGAUGUAUUGUUUACAUCGGGUGGAUCUCAAGCAAAGUCAACAGAAACUGAUCAGACUGUGUUUGAUCUGCAACAUAUCUGCAUGAAACUUCCCUGUGAGAAUUAACUCAGAAGUCAGCCAGCAGCCAUGUCAGUACAUUUUGUUGAUGUAGUGUGUUUUGACCCCCUGGAUGUGAACCUCCUCCUCAGUUGAAAUACCUCUGCAUUGCCAUGGAUUAUUUCGAAUGAGUAGGCCAAGCGCUGCUUUGUUUGGACUGUUCAACCAAGUAAAGACAAUUCACGGUUACGUUCGGAGAAGCAGCCUCCGCCCUUCAUUGCUCCUCCUGUUUCUCUCUUCCACCCAUUCCCGUCUUCCUUCUGUCUCACCAGGUUUUAUUUAUCAGAAAUUUCAGAGGAGGAGACGGAGGAACAGACAGGAAGAAAAAAAACUGCUGCCUGAGAAAGAAAACACUAUGCGCCUCUUUCCUCUCUUUUUCUCUCAAUUGUCAUCUUUUUUUUGUUUUCAUCCUUUCCUCCUUCCUUAAGUCUUCCUCAGCUCUUCUCUGAGCAGGUUUUUAAGACUCCUAAUGUGAAGAAUCCAACUGUGUCUGGGUAAUCACAACAGACAAGAAACUCCCUACAAGCACUCAUUUUAGUCAACUCUUUAUGGCGGCUGGCUCCUUGUUUUUUUAUGUCGUUUACUUCAGUCACAUUCUUCUUCCUCUGUACUGAUAAUCAAUCCCAGCAUUGACUCUGAUGAGCAAAAAAAAAAAAAAAAAAAGAAAUAGUAGGUGGAUUUAAGGAUUUUGAAGUCUGAAAGACUUGAUACUUCCUUUUCAUCAAUGAGGCAAGAGGAGGACGUCGUUGCCUCAAACUGAUCUACCAUUUCUUUCUGUAAGUUGAGUGUUUCCUCUUCCUUACUCCUCACCUACAGUCCCAUAUCGGUCAGUUUCUCCUCAAAUAGGACUGAUGUAACACCUUGAACUCUCAAACACCCGGGAACACAAUCAAACCUCAGAACUGGAACCUUUGUGCUUUGAAUCCCAGUUUCCCAGUUGUGUAACUCUUUAGAUAUUUCCCCCUCUAACAACAGGGAAACAAACACACAUGAAAUGUGGAGCCUGAGACUGGGAAAAACAACAGAAAAUACAGCAGAUCACAUGUGUCUUUGUUAAUACUGACCCCACAUGGAGUUUGACCUACUCCUAUAUCAAAUAUACUGGUGUCUGCACUGGUAUAGCAUGGUAUACUGGUAUGGAGAGAGCAUAUUUGCACAGCACCAAAAUAAAGAAUAAAAACUCUUUUGAACCCUAUUCAACCCAGAUUGGAUUUUCAUGUUCAGCCAGUGAUGACAUCAUCAAUAACCUGGGUGAUACAGGGAUACAAACUGCUUACAAAACAAAAAAAAUCUAUUUUAUCUCCUUGUUGUUGUGUAAAUCUGCUCAUGUUGGUAUAUUGUAAGCUAUACUGGUGUGUAUCACUGGUGAAUUGUACAGAACUCGUCCUAGUAAACACUGGUUUUUAUUUUGUCUUCUGGGCGAAAUCAGCCAUCUUGUCAAAUAGAUGAAAAAAAAACAAUGAAAUAAAAAUAAUGACGAAAUGGAAA